AAGGAGACAUGGGAGUGAGUGGAGAGAAAGGAGAGAAAGGAGGAAGAGGAGAGAGAGGAGUAAGUGGACUGCAAGGAAGUUUGGGUCCUCGAGGAGAAAAAGGAGAAGAAGGAGACAAAGGUGAACGAGGAUAUCCUGGUUUUAAAGGAGGGAAGGGUGGAAAGGGGGAGAUUGGGUUACAAGGAGGAAAAGGAAUGAAAGGAAUAAAAGGGGAUGAGCAGGAUUUACAUCAAUUGUUUGGUUUACCCAGUCAAUGUUUACCAUGGAAUCAUCGUGUUUUAAAUGAAACUUGGAGACAAACAUCUGAGCAUUAUUCUAAGACAACUCUUCACUGUGAUUAUACAGGUCAUCGAACCAAUCAACAUGGUUUCACACCAGGCUGGCAUUCAUUCAGUCCUACAAUAGGUGGAGCUAUGCCAGAGAAGUGCACAUCUGGUUACUACUGUGGGACUCAUGGAUCAGGAUGGUUAAAAGGAUCUCACCCAAAUACUAGUGUUGAAGUGAUCAACUGUGGACAGUAUUACAUAUACAACUUACCUAACACUCCAGUUUGCCAUUACGCUUACUGUGCUCGAGGACAGUGAAGAACAAGUUUCCUUUAUCAAAACCAUCACAUGUACUUAUCUUUCCAUUUUUGUGUGUAUCUAUGCUUCUCUGACUAGACAAGUGUCUGCUAAGAAUGAUUGUUGUAACAGCUGCUUGUUGUGUAGGAUUGCUGCAUACAGUAUGAUGUGCUGCUAGAUGGAAAUUUUGUUCUAAACAUACACAGUUUGUGAGCAGAAA